AUGGCAGACAACGGCCUUACCGCGACACCCUUGGGUCAACAGGGAGGUUUCAACUGGCUCUUUCUCGUUGACCUGAUCGUCUGUGGUAUCCUCGCUCUUUUCUUCAUCUUCUACUUCAACCGUACUGUUUCUACCAUCAUCUCGUAUGGAAUUCGCGCCUGGACAUGGCACAAAUAUCGAGCCUAUAUCGACAUCACCUCAUUCCAACUCUCACCGUUAGGAGGCCGCCUCUUCUUCAAGUCCAUUCGAUACCAUGGUCAGAAUCAAACAGUCUUCGUUCACGAUGGAAACAUCACCUGGCGAUACUGGCUGCGCCAGGUUCAGGAACCACUAAUCAUGCAGAAAGUCUCCCGACGCCACGACUCGUUCGAUACCGACCCCACCAGCUCCGAUGCAUCGCAGGANAAAACCAGGCCUAGGAGUAAGAGCGUGGGAAGGGCUGAAGCUGCUAAUGUCAGUCGCAAACGGGAACUCCCUUGUCGAAUCUUUGUCAAAGUCAAGGGCGUCGAGGCUUUCUUGUACAACCAGACUCCUGUCUAUGACAACAUCAUCGCCAAUCUUCAGAACACCGCUCGCACAAAGGACCCCAAUGUUCCAAGCGCAGACAUACCCUUGCAGGAUCCAAACAAGGAGAAAGGCCCUGUACCAGAGGGUCUGGACCGUCAGGAAACACCAAGCAGCGUUGAUGAGUCUCUUCUAGGCGAGACCCUGAGUAGGACCACAACUAGGAACACUACGCGUGAGAGUGCCAUCCCAGCCUUCUUGAGACUGUUUCCCAUUCAGGUCGAGUGCAAGAAAGCUGCUGCUGCUGUGGGUAAUGAGUUCACCCAGAGCAUACUUACCGUCAAGCUGGAAAAUGCAAGUGGAAGAAUCGAUGCCGAUGAGGCGGGUUCUCUGGAUCUGUACAAGCUCAUGUUCAACUUUGAUUUUCACGAUAUCAAUGUCGCUCUCAAACCAAACACAGACUACCAGAUGUCUCAGAUGCAGGCAGCUGCGCGCCUGGACAAGGACGAAGAUCCAAAAGCCAAGAAAGGUCGCUUAUUUGGUCUGCACCCGAUACGACGAACAGGUAGAAUCCUGCGUGCUCUACUACAUGCUGUUACUUGGCUCUUCACAUGGCAUCGUAGCUCCAAACGUUCUGUCAGGACUGCAUCGCUGCUUAGUGAAGACGAUAUCCUAGAUGGCGAGUCAGCCAAGCUACCUGGCGAAGCACAAUGGCAAGGCCUUGCACGUUACCUCGACGAGACAGGCAAUGAGCACAAUGAAUGGGAUGGUGUUGAAUACGCUAGAUUCUCCAAUAUCGCAGAUGUGAAGAAGGCGAGCAUGACCUUCUACUGGGAUGUUCCAGGAAAAGUCUCUAAACCUCAACAGCCAAAUCAGUCUAAUCUCUAUGAUGAAGUCAACGGCUCCUCAGCACCCGAAUAUGGCUUGAAUCUGUCAGUUGAUGGUGCCAUUAUCAACUAUGGUCCCUGGGCCGAUAGACAACGAAUGUCUUUACAAAACAUUUUCUUUCCUGCUUCAUAUCAUGAUGCUGUUCCUGCUCAACGUCUUACCGUUGACCAAAACAGGGUCGCCACCGUGUUCAAACUCUUCUUCUGCUUGGAAAGUGAUAUCACUCUUCGCAUCCCGACUCGUGAGGCAUCGAAAGACUGGAAAUGGCAAGGCCGAGCUGAAGGCCAUCGUGCGCACAAUGCCACUGACACUGGAGUUCGUAAGCGACGUGGUAAAGGAUCAAAGAAGUGGUUCAAGAAAGAGCCACAGACCAGUGGUGCUGACAUACGUCCUUUUGGGUGGAUGGAUGUCAAAGUGGCCGCUGAUACCACCAUCAAUUAUGCGAUGGACAUGUACGCACGCCAAGAUGGUUAUCACAAUACGCUGAGUCUCGACGUCAAGGGCACCGAAAUAUCUUCCAGCGUUAAUCACGCUAUGUUAUGGAAAUCAGGGAACCUAUUACUGGAAGGAGACCUUUCGAAUCCCUUACGAUGGAAUGCUUUGCGUGAAUGGAUUUUCAAGAUUCACUGCGACGGUCUUGAUCUAUACAUGCUACGCGAUCAUAUGUUUUUGCUGACUGAUCUCAUUGCUGAUUGGGGUAUGGGACCACCGCCUGACNNUUUUUACACCUUUGUCCCUUUCUUAUAUUCGCUGGAUAUCAACUUCAAGAACUUCAAACUUUUUCUCAACGCCAACGAUGCCAACAUUGUCAACGAUCCAUCAGAUCUCGAGGACAACAAUUUCCUCAUUCUCAAUGGCAAAGAGCUUCACGCUAUAUUGGAAAUACCUCUUGAUCAAUACAGGCCAGCGCAAAACGGGAUCAAGUUCGAUGUUCUGGCCAAAGACAUGUCUUUAGAUAUCAGUAAUCCUCCUCGUAUCACGUUGCAUGGUCUGCUGCGACAGAAAAGACUUGCAACUCUGAAGAAGCUUACAUUAGGUGGCAGCCACACCCUNUUUGUCGAACAAGCACCAGGUUUGGUAGACAUGCUACAGAUGGACAUUUGCGGAACCGAUCUAGAACUCCAGGCUUUUGGCUACUUGGUGCGCAUGUUUAUCAAUGUCAAAGAGAAUUACUUUGGAGAAUUCUUGCAUUUCAAGACCCUCGAAGAAUAUCAGAAUGCUGGGUCGGAUGCUGCAAAUGCUGAGACCAACAUGGUCGGUAGAUUCGCCUUCAGGCCAGCUAAUGAUCUCGAUGUGGUUCUUUGCAUCACCACUGAGCAUCCAGUUAUCAUGCUGCCGGCCAAUCUCUAUUCAGCAGAGACUUACAUCAAGCUUGAGUUACCUGUGGCCUCGAUGGAUCUUCGAGUUUCCAACUAUUAUCUCGAUCUUGCAGUCGACAUCAGUCCGGUGUCUGUGUCUUGGUCCGGUAUACGCAACGAUGAGGAUGAAUUCGAUGACUCUUCACCACAAAUCAUUCUGGACAGUGCAAGCAUCACCGGCCAUCGCCUGUUUGGUCUCCCGCCAACCGAGCCCGCGUACGUCUCAAACUGGGAUGUUAGUCUUGGUAAUGUGUCUGGAGAAUGUUCGCUCGAUUUUGUACACCAUUUAGCCAAAGCUGGACGGGUAGUGGCUUUUGCGCUUGACGAUUUUGAGAAUGCUCUACCCCUGGCACAAACUGCGGAAAUACCGGAAGCUGUCUUCUUACGUCUCAAGACAGGUUCUAUAUGCCUAUGGCUCAAUGAAGGCAAAUCCGCCAUUCGUCUUUAUGCAGAACCCGUUACACUCAACCAGAACGAUCGCGCUGAUGGACUGUUUUCGUCUCGCCUCCACCUUGAUAUUCCGAACAUCACCGCAACAUGUGUUGACUCAGAUUCAAUGGCUCAUCGGGGACUUCGUAGUGACGUGCAACCAGCGAAGUGCAUCGCUUUCCUUCAAACAAGCCUCGACAUGUCGAUGGUUCAAAGGAAGGCACACUUCGACGCUGAGCGUCAGAAGCAACGAACUCACAUCCGCCAACAAGAUGCAAGAACAGGCAGAGCGAAGUUCCUGUUGGCACACAAUGGGUCAGUGGCUGGUGGGGAGCAUGCACGUAACGAAGAACAAGAAUCUCUGCCGGAUCCACCUUCUAUGGCGCUUCCCAAACUUCCUGAUCCCCUUGCAAAAGGCUCCUUGAAGAUGGGCUUCGCAGCCGAUGGUUCUAUCAAGUCAUCCAUCAGCUCAAGUUCUUCUGUCAACCGUACUUCCACCCGAAAGGCACUCCCCAAAGGAGACCUUGAUGAUGUGGAACACUCUCGUCCCGCAAUGUACCACUUCAACUCAACAACUUCUCAGCCUUUGGGUACUGUGGGUCUGUGGAGCCCAUUUUCUGUUCCAGAUCCUCGGAAUUUUGAUGUUUCCGCCGAUCUGAGUAGGGUACCUCAGUUUUCAACGAUAGUUGACGAAGCCGACGAUAUGUCUGAGACCUCUUCGCUGAGUGAUCUGAGUGUAAAUCUGGACCAGGAUGGAGAUUUGGAUCAACAAACGUUCAUGAUUCGCAUGAUUCCCGGUAUCCGCAUCUAUGUUGAGCCUCGAAUAAGCGAGACCAUUGUAAAUAUCGUCACCGCUUUGCAGCCAAAACGUUCUGAAGACGUGAUUGAUACCUUCCAGAUGGACGUCAUGGGGAAAGUGCAACAAGUCCAAGAGCAGAAGAAGAGCCGUCGUGGUAUCGUCGAGUUGAACUUGAUUGUACCUAGCAUUGACGCUAAACUCUUCAACGACCAGAACCUUGAUACGAGCCGAAAGACAGCCAUGCCAGUGCAAGAUCAGUUAGACGUCGGCUUGAGUCACCUCAACUUGACACUUCGCUUUAAGCCUAUUGCGGAGACUGAGACCGGAACUGCACUGACAAUGCAUUUGACCCUGGAGUCUGCACUUGCUAAAUUCUCAAACCCUUUGGAGAAGAGUGUAACGUCUGACUAUGCAAUUCGUCUUGGGUUCGAUGACGUUUUGAUCUGGAUGGUUCUGUCCAAAUCCAAGUCAGUACAUGUGUCAUUCAAAGAUCUUUUGGGUGUAAUUUCAGGCAACCAAGCAGACUAUCUGGCAUCUGUGUUUUCUCGAUAUGCGGCUAUUGGUGCUGAAAUCCAGAAGCAAGCUGAUGCAGUCGGGAUUGGUUCCAAAGCACGACUAAGGAAUUUGACAGACUACCUCACUGAGCAUGCCGAUGUCUCCUCCGACCCACCAUAUCUUUCGCGCAUGACUUAUGUUCUUCGUGCCUUUCCAGAUCAUUUCCGCAACCAAGAAUCGUGGAAAAUUGUUGCUCGCUUCCGGCACAUAUACGAGUGUCUGUCAGAUGAAAGUCACGUCGAUCUGGAGCAACAGCUGGCCGAUGGGACUGAUACACUGAAGAAGACAUCGUCCAUUCUCGAAACUUGGGCAGCGUGGUGCAGCUGGGACAUUCCAAAUGUAGAACACACUCAGGUCUUCAAACUUCUGUUAGGUGAUGUCGAAGCGAAGAUCCCCGAAGAAGAUAUCGAACCACUUGAUCUCACUUUGCGUGCCGGAGUUGUACGUGUCGCUGUCGAAUCAGGAAAGACUUCCAGUGAGGUUUCUCUUGGCAGUCUUUCUAUCGGGGUUACUGUCAUACCUCCAAGCUUGCCUUCCGGACUAAUGCUCGUGGAGGAGAAUCUGAGGUCCAAAACUGUCUUCCAAGCUCAUUCUGCGGCAUCUGUACUCCGGCUCAAUUGGGACAUCUUGGAGCAAGUGGAUGCCUUUAUUGACAUCUACUUCGAACAAGUCAGUCAUACGCUCGAUAAUUUGCCAGAUUCUCCAAAGAAGCAAGCGUUGGAAGAUCUUUCAUUUAGGCAAGAUUUCCAUGUCGUCUUGUCUACCGAUGAAGGCAGUAUUGAGUUGAACACAAUCAACUUGAGGCAUAUAUCCACAUGCAACAAUCUCAAGCUGUCAUUGAUAGGGUCCGAUAAGGCUUCUCAAGAUUAUGGCGAGUGCAUUAGUCUGCUCAUAUCAGCAAAGAAGGCGUUCACCGAAUUGCAUAGUUCGGAUCAGAGGGUCUGGCGUACAGAUCUUGUGUCGCCGAGCAUCUACAUUGAUGUAAAACAGACUAUUCGAGAACACACCACUGCCAUCAACGUCGGAGGAUCAUACGAGCAGUUGCAUAUCUCGCUAGAACAAGAGAUACUAGGACUGCUUGAAGUCGUCGAUCAAUUGUUGAUCGAUGAGGUAGCAUACAUUCUGCGAUUCCAACAACACAUACAGAAAGAACAGAAGAAGAGUGCUGUCAGUCGAGGCGUGUCAAAACCAGAUCGUGAAUUGAAGCUGAAUGUAGCUUUCUUGGCUGGCUCGUUCUCUUUGAACGUCGCAUUGCUCAAAGCGCUCAAUCUGUCAGUGCGCGGUGACACUGCAAAUCUUCGUGUUCGUCCCAUGUCCGGAUCCAAUCCUGCCUGGUCUAUUGAGCUCCACCUUGGAGCCAUGGAACAGGCCCUGGUACGCAAAGAGACUGGCUCGAAAAGACAACGGGCUGUCUUUCAUACUCCACCUGCCAGCAGCACUCUAUGCCUUGAAUUCGCCGAGAAGGAAAUUAGAAUCAAAUUUACUGGCAUUAUGGAAGAAGUUCUGUUGGACGCAUCUGCUGUUCAAAGCGUCCUGACAAUCUUAAACAGACCCGAGGUGCAGGGUGUUCUUGAAGCUAUCAGAGACCAAGUAUCAGACCUACGCAAGAGAGCAGAGGAAACGUUACCGACAAACCAAAAGGACGCUGCGCCCAAGGAUGAGUCUGGAGAGUCACGAAUGGUUGUAUACGACAUCAACACAACUUUGGCUGGCUUCAAGGUCGCUGCAAUUGCCCCUGCGCUAACAGCUGGCGAGGCUCGUGCCGAGUUGACGUUCGGUCUUGGGGCUGUGCAGGCGAUGGUGACAAACAAGACUCGUAAAUCGAGCAACUCCUUCCCUGACAUACGCGGCAAGAUACAAGACAUUGGUGCAGUCUUGACUCUGAUUGAGAAUGGAAAGCGUCGUCCUUGUGGUAAUGUCACUGUCAGUGUAGCAGUGGAUUGCUGCACUCAAGAAUCUGAAACUGGACCGAUCACGCGUGACAUCAAGGCACGAAGUGAAUCUUUCGAUGUCCUUGUUUAUGCUGAUACGGCGUCUACCAUCGUGGAUAUCGUAACACAUGUACAUCGCAAAAUCCUGGAUCUUGAUCUCUCGAAAGAGGUGGAAUAUCUCAGAAGAUUGAGACGUUCUCGAGCCAAACGACGCAAGCUCGUCUCCCUACCCGCACCACACUCGAUCAAGNNGGAGGAGAAGGAUGAAGAAACCGCCGUUGAAACCUCAUCUGCACGACCUGCACUUCUUGACUUCUCUUUGGAUCUGCGAAAGAUUCGCAUUGUCUGGGUAGUCAUCCGAAGUCGAUUGACUGGUAUUGAUCAAGAGCCUCAAGAUCUUGAAGUGUCCUUCUCACGCGUACACCUUGCCAUUCAGAAACAGAACGAAGCACGCUUGUCCAUCCAAGACUUGCAGGUCCAAGUUGUUCCCAAAAAGUCCAAAGCAUUUGAAAGAUCAGAAAAUUCAGCUUUGCUGCCAGAAGUCGUCUUCACUGUUCGAUACGAAAGUGGCAAAGAUGGUGUUCGCAUUGCGUGUCAAGCCGCUGGUCAGGCUCUCGACAUCCGUCUGGACUCGGGGUUUGUUGUGCCCGUCAACAUGCUACAAAAAUCAAUUUCUGCAGCCAUCGACCAAUAUCGUGCUGCAAAGUUGAAUUGGCAAGCCGAUGCGACUCCAGACGAUAGCAAGUCAACACCACGAGCUAGUCCCUUUGGCGACAAACGUCUAGCCUCACUUCAGGCCGAUGUCAACUUCGAGGGUGCCCUUGUCUACAUUCAGGGAGAUGCACCUACUCAAUCCAACACACCUUUACGACCUGCACAUGUCGAUUUGCCGUACAAACGAAACCGUACAAAUAGUCACGCUUCGCAGGAUAAUAUCGCUACGUCGCUACGAGCACCAGGCAUCGCCAUCAAGGUUGAGUACUCANNGAAUGCGCCCGAGAAAGAGCAAACACUCAAUGGAGAGAUCAAGGUGGAUGCAUCAAGCAAUACGGUCUAUCCGGAAUUGGUGCCCAUCAUUCUUCAAAUCACACAUGGUGUGAAGGAGGUCGUAAGGUCUGGCGAGGAAGAACGCAAGACUCCUUCUACUCCCAAAAUUGCACAGGAACAAGCCUUGAAACUUCAGAGACUUCGUGGCGAGGACGACUCGUUGCUCACCUCUGAUCCAAGCCAAUUCUUGGGCCAGAUGAAACUCAACCUAGGACUACGAAUAUGCAAGCAAGAAUUUGGCUUGAGUUGUCAACCACUGGCUCGCGUCAAUGCAAAAACGCAGAUCGAAGACAUCUACAUCACCAUGAGCACGAUCAAUUCUCAUCAAUUCGGACACUUCUUUGCUCUGUCGGCCACAGUGACUAAGCUUGGUGCUUCCGUACAGCAUGUUUACUCGCGGGAAUCAACUUUCAGCUUUGACAUGGAAUCAAUAUCAAUGUCGCUCAUGAACAGCAGGCAUUUGACUGGCGGCUCCAGUGGUGUCUCGAUGGUUCUGAAAGUGUCACCUACCAGAACUGCCUUGAAUGUGCGCCAAAUUCAAGAUCUUCUCCUCUUCCGAGAAAUCUGGUUCCCACCAGAGUUGCGCGAUACCAGUGAACCGUCUGCCCAGCCUCCAAGCCAAGGACCCGAUAAGAUGGCUGUGCANAGGUAUCAGCAAGUCAGCGCCGCUGCUGCAUUCCCUUGGAACGCUACUGUGGCUGUUGCUGAGCUUGCAGUCGACCUCGACCUGGGUCAAAGUAUAGGCAAAUCAUCAUUGAGCAUCAAAAACCUUUGGGCCUCAUCCAAGAAGUCUUCCACAUGGAAGCAAGACCUCUGUAUCGGUGUGGAUGAGGUCGGCAUCAACAGUACCGGGCGCAUGAGUGGUUUUGUGCAAUUAAGUGACGUGUCUGUACGGACGUCUAUCGAAUGGCCAAGUGCUGAUCGAGAGGAGCAUAAAGCUCCUCUGAUCCAAGCUGCGAUUGGUUUUGGCAGAAUCACAGCAAAGAUCGCUCUGGACUACCAACCUUUCGCAUUUGCCGACAUUGAAGCUUUCAACUUCCUCAUGUACAAUGUGAGAGAUGGCGCCUUUGCUCCAGAUCGUUUGAAAGCCAUCCUCGAGGGUGAAAAAGUGUACGUCUUCUGUACUGCAACCAGUCCGGCUCAAGCUGUUGGUUUGUACCAGGCCUUUGAUCGCCUUGUUCAAGAAAAACAGACAGCUUACAGUCAAUCAAUGGUUGAUCUUGACAAGCAGCUGAGGAGACGUUCUGUGAGCAAGGCGCAGGCCAAGUCCGGUCCUCCGCCACCUGCACCUAUACGAAGACAUACGACCGAAAGAAGCAAGAGCAAAUUCCCAAUCACUCUAGACACCGAUGUGAUGGUUAUGUUGAGGUCCGUCUGUUUUGGCGCUUUCCCAAGUACUUUCUUCGACAGCCAAAUUCUCAAAAUGGAAGCGUCCGAGAUCCAGGCACGCUUUGCUGUGGGGUUGGAUGGCGAACGCGUGCACAGCAACCUCAGUAUGACUUUGGGACAACUUCAAGUAGCACUUGCUCAAGUCAAGCGAGUCAGUGUUCCCAAGACGCUUGGAGACAUUUCUAUCGAAGAGGUGAUUGGUAGUGCUACAGGCGCCAAAGGUGGCAUCAUCCUUCGAGUGCCCAAAGUCAUCGCCGCCAUGCAGACGUGGCAGCAACCCCAACACAACAACAUCGACUUCAUUUUUAAGAGUCUGUUCGAAGGCAAGGUCGAUGUUGGCUGGAACUACUCGCGCAUCAGCUUCAUCAGAGGAAUGUGGGAAACGCACUCUCGUACCCUCGCGUCCAGGCUCGGUAAACCGCUUCCUGAAUCUGCUGUCAAGAUCACAGCCAACGGACAGUCGUCGGCGACGGAGAACACAGACAAAGCGAAGGUGCCAGGCGAGCAAGGCAAGAUUACGGCUGUCGUCAAUGUGCCGCAAUCGAGGUUUGAGUACACCGCGCUCGAACCUCCUAUCAUUGAGACACCGCAGUUGAGGGACAUGGGUGAGGCUACGCCGCCACUUGAGUGGAUUGGGCUGCACAGAGAGAGGUUGCCAAAUGUCACGCACCAAGUUGUGAUUGUGACCCUGCUUGAAGUUGCUAAGGAGGUUGAAGAUGCUUAUGAGAGGAUUUUGGGUUCGUCAUAA